AUGACUUUUCUACCUCUGCUGGGGUAUUUCUCCGACAGGGGUUCAAAUCCAAUGAAAAGGAAGCUGUGCUCCCUAUUUGUAGGAAUGAGCAUGUUCCUGUGUGGACUUCUAUUUCUGAUUAUCGCUGGAUUUCUGAAGCUGGAGUCACUGGACGCAAUCUACUGGAGCACACACACAAACAUCUCUUCUAAUGAUACGCCCAUUAUUACGCAAUCAGCUGUAGAAGCUUCUAGACUUUCCAGCAUUUCACUGAACGACACAUUCCCAUCCCAGACACUGGUACCAAACAAGCCGAUUUCCGACUCUCAAGUGUCAGUAACUGCAGUUUUGUCGAUUCUAGCGUUUUCUUUCAUUGACAUCGGGUUUGAUAUGAGUAUUUCAUUAGUCAGAGCCUUUAUCUUAGAAAUUAUGUCAACAGUGUCUGCUUCAAUGGCGGGAACAACAUUCUCCUUCCUUGGCUGCUUUGACUUUCCCGGUGCGCUGGGCCCUCUCUUCCACGUCGAAGGAGUAGCCGCUACUCUCAUAUUCUUCUGCAGUCUUCUCUUCUGUCUGAUUCUUAUAGGUUAUAGUUGUACAAUCAUCUCAGGCUACUUCAUAAAUAAAGGGAUGCGGCAGCUGGAUAAAGGAAAAAAUACAAAUAGACCGCAGGUUCCAAACGCCGCUGUCGGUUCUGUGGAUCAGGGAACGCCGAGUUCAUCAAGAAGAAGGCUUCUUAAAGGGGCAGACCCAAACACAGCGGAUCAGAUUCAUACAGUUCGCCCGUAUCUGCCUGAUAUCCUACACACAGAAGAAGGUGAUACAUCGACUAGGCCGCUACUUCUGGAAGACAGUUUAAAGGCCAACAAUUAUUCCGCCUUGUCCAUUAGCACGGCUUCCGUGCUGCAUGCGUAUGGCUCUCACGAAGUACAUGUCCCUAAAAAGCAAUUUUGUGUGUACAAAAGUGCAUCAACUGACAACGCUACUCACACUGGAGACACUAGUGACACGGAAGCUGAACUUUUACAGCAGACAGAAGAGGAACAAACUGAACUGAGAGAGGAAGCUGAUUUAGAACACAAGAAACACCCAUUUAGCACUUUUUCCCUCCUUGAGGCUAUCAAGCAAUCCUAUUCUAUGUCUCUCUCCAUAGCCCAGUCUCCGCUUGGGGAAUUUCACACCAGAAAACUGGAAAACAUGCACAAGAAACGACUGGAUGACACGAAACAAAACAACAAAUUAAUCAUGAACAAGCGGUUAAUUAUCUUGUGCUGCUCUUGCUUCUUCACGUUUGGAAGCAUGAUAACUUUCAUCAUCUACAUCUCAAACGCUCUCAACAUUGGCAUAUUCAAGGGAGACCCUACGGCGCUACCGGGAACCGAAGCUUAUGAUUACUACCAGGCAGGCCUUCGAACCGCAGCUCUGGGUAACCUGGUUCUCUAUGCAACUUAUAUGACCAUCAGCAUCAACAACACCAAGACUGAUCAAGUUGAUAGGAGAAAAGGUACCUGUUUAAUAUCUUGUUUGACAUUGACAGGAGAAAAGGUACAGUUUGUGGCGUGUCAUGUGUUAGUCAUCGCCUCCCUGUUGACCCUGAUCGUAACCCAGAGGGUGGAGAUCUACUUCGUGUUCAUGGUUUCAUGUGGCGCCCUGAGAACUUGCGUGUUCACACUUCCGUUUAUCUUGGCGAACAAAUUUACACAAGUGGAGGUAAGCGUCCCUGACAACAGCGAUGCAGACGUGCCGAAGAAAAACUUGGGGAAAGUGAUGUCGCUGAUUGGGUUCCUGAUUCCCGCCCACUACAUCCUCGUAUCAAUCAUCAUGGGUCCUCUAAUGGACGCCACCGGGAACGUGUGGGUCCCGCUGAUCUACAGUUGGUGCUCUUGUACCAUCUCUCUGCUCAUUUUUAUCCCACUCUUCUUUGUCAAAAAUUAG